AGAGGGCAGGGAGCAGCAAGGAGCCAUGAGUGGAGAGGGACAGUCCAGCUCCCAGGUGCUAGGCCUCCUGGGGAGCACAGCCCUCGUGGGAUGGGUCACAGGCACUGCAGUGGCUGUUCUGCUGCUGCUGCUGCUGUUGGCUGCUUGCCUUUUCCAUGGACGGCAGGACCCUGAUGUGGAGAGGAACCGUCCAGCUGCAGGGGGAAACCGAGUCCGGUGGGCCCAGCCUUGGUUCUUCCGGCGCCAGGGCCGCCUGGGAAACUUUCAUCAUCACCAUCAUCAUGGCCAUGUGACUCACAUGCGGAAUGCAGGCCUCCAUCACCACCACCUCCACCAUGCUCCUCACCACCACCACCACCAACCCCACCGCCAUCACCUGCGCCACGCUCGUUGAGGCUGCCACUGCCGGUGCCUGUGGACGGCAGCCAGCCCUGCCUGGGCCCUCCGUUACCAGGACAAGUAAACCCGCUGUGUUGAAGGAUGCUUCUCUGGGGCGAAUGAGGGGUAUCGUGACCUGGGUCCUGCAAGGACUUAUUCAUACUAUGCCCCAGUGCACUGAGGGACGUUGGGUCCACCCCGAGGACUCUAGGGUGCUUGGGGGCAGAGAACAGGUAUGGCCCUUUGGGACUGGACAUCCACCUUGUGACUGUGACUCCCAGUGGGUCCCAGAAGUCACAAGGGUGUCUUGGCAGAGCCAGCACAUAGUUGGGUAUAAAGUGCUCAUUUUCUACGUCCUUAAGAGGCAGCUGUAGGCCUCUGGCAGGCGGGUCAUGAGGACAGGUACCGGGCAUGCCCUGUGGGUUUGGAGAAGGCAACAUGGGGCUUGCGGUCAAUUCAUUGGUGCCUUAUCCAAGAAAAUAAAAACCACUAAGAAGCUUU